AUGAAUCCGCAGCGCCUCGUAUAUAGCAGCGUGCAGGCAGAUUUUCAGGUUCAGCAGCCUAUUAUGGACGAUCUCGUCGUAUAUCCUGAAAGCCUCGACAAGCUCAUCCCGCAGACGUCGGGUCUCGGCACGUGCGAGACGGUCCUUGAUGUUCUACCGCUGCACUCGGAGGCCAUCUUCUCCGUGGACGCCGUCCUGCAUAACCGCUGCCACGUGUCCCACAUGCGGUUUUACAGCAGCCUGAGGCUGUCCAACUAUGGCGCGACCCGCGAGCUGACCAGUCUGGUGCUCCCGCGCGUCAAGCCAUGA